AUGACUUCAACCAAAGAGCACCCGGAUCAUCUCGAGGAACCUCCACACCUCAAAGUUCCACGGGUAACAUGGUAUAGGCACGCCAGGUUGCGGAGUCUCUACAUCAGGAUGCCAAUACUGAUGCUUUGCGCCACCAUCAAUGGAUAUGAUGGGAGUCUCUUGAAUGGUCUCCAGACCAUCGAGAACUGGCGAGCUUACUUUAACCAUCCUUCCGGCUCUACUCUUGGCCUAUUCACUGCCAUUGUGAAUAUUGGUGGCUUCAGUGCACUGUUCUUCUCUCCGUACAUUGCAGAUUACUACGGCCGUCGUAUCGCAACUGCUAUUGGCAUCGUUAUUCUUGUCGUCGGCGCCAUCAUCCAAUCCGUUCCGAGUGUUAACGAAGGGAUGUUUAUCGGAGGUCGUUUCCUCGUGGGAUUCGGAUCCAACAUCUCCAUCGGGGCCGGUCCGCUGCUGAUCAUGGAACUCGCUUAUCCCCAGCACCGAGGCAGACUCACCGUGAUGUACAAUAGCCUUUGGUAUGUCGGAAGCAUCAUCGCCGCCUGGACCAGUCCGCGUUGGUUGUGCUCAAAGGACCAAUCUGGCGAGGCCUUUGAGAUCUUGGUCAAGUAUCACGCCAGUGGAAACCGCGAUGACCCAUUCGUCCGGGCUGAGUUCGCCGAGAUCCAAGAGACCAUCAAGCUUGAGAAGCUCGCGGCGGAGACGGGGUGGAUGGUAUUUUUCCAGACACCGGGAAACCGCAAGAGACUGAUGCUCAUUGUGCUUACGUCGUUCUUCUCUCAAUGUUCAGGAAACGGCUUAGUCUCGUACUAUCUUCACGACAUUCUGAGUUCCGUUGGCAUCGACGAGCCCAACUCCCAGUCCCUGUUCAAUGGCGGUCUACAGAUCUGGUCGUUUCUCGUUGCAAUCUGCUUCUCAGUCUAUUUCAUCGAGAAGCUCGGCCGCAGAGUUCCAUUUCUCAUCGCUGCUGUCGGGAUGCUCGUUGUCUUCAGUGUUUGGACUGGCUGCUCUGCAGUGCAUGCCCAAACAGGCAACAAAGACGUCGGGUCUGCAGUUCUGGCGAUGAUUUCCCUCUUCUACAGAGUCGCUGGUUUCGCGUGGCCUGGCUUGACGGUCGCCUACUGCUCCGAGAUUCUCCCCUUCAGCAUACGAGCCAAGGGACUGGCGAUCUGCCUAGGAGUGACGGCGCUCUCUGGUGUCUUGAACCAAUACGUCAAUCCUAUCGGGCUCUCAUCGCUGGCUUGGAAGUUCUACUUCGUCUACAUCGUCCUCUUGGUCAUUGAAGUUGUUUGCAUCUGGUUUCUCUUUGUGGAGACCAAGGGGCCUACUCUCGAGGAAAUCGCCGUCCUGUUCGACGGCAAGGAUGCCAAAGUUUCCAAGGAGGCGGGAAUGGACGGCGAUGCUACGUUUGAGCAGGUGGAGGUCCGUAAGGCUGUGGAAAAGGUCUAGGCAUUGUCCACAUAAGAAACAAGCCAGCGAAGGUGUUGUGGGCUUUACAGGGUUGAAGCGACUGUACGGAUCAGUUCCGGAGAGACGAAUGUCGGUUGCCGGUUGGACACUGGACAGCGGAGGCA